AUGACUGUAGACAGCGCUGUAAACAUAAAAAAAUUAAAUUGAUCAUUGUAUGUAAAAAAACAAUCAUACAAUACGUCAUUUAUUCAUUAAUGUGUUCGUAGACAAAGCAAAAUUAAUGUUGAGUAACAUUUUUUUACUAAAAUCCAUACGUUUAGAACGGCUAAAAUGUUACAAAUUGUUCAAAAUUACUCAAUAUGAGGAAAAAAUCCACUGGCACUAAUGAAUCAGGAAUAACCAGAUAUUCUGCAUACCAUAGAGGAAUUCCAAAAGACGGUUCACCUCAUUAUGUUUUUCUAUAUUCUGACGAUGAAUUUGGUGACGAAAACAUACCACUGCAGCCCCAGAAACCUAAAAAAUCGGUUCCGAGGAAAGUGGAGGUGAUUAAUGUUACAUUAAAAGCUGAAGAUACUCUCCAAGCUUUAGCCUUGAAAUAUCGAUGCACUAUAUCCGAGUUGAAACGCAUCAACAAUAUCCACAAGGAGAAUGAAAUCUACGCCCGAAGGACAAUAAAAGUACCAGUGCAGCCAUAUUCGAUAUUCACGGAAAUAAAUGAAGAAAAUGGAUCAACAAACAAUAAUUCAGAUUCAAGAACUAGUAAAUUAAUAGAUUUAAGUGAUGCAAAAGAGUCUCAAGAUAGUACUGCAUCAAUUGCAGUAUCAAAUAUAGAGCAAUGUAAUUUAUUAACUCUAAUUAAUGUUUCUCUUUCAUCAACCAGUCAAUCUCAAUCUCUAGAUAUCAAUAAUUUAAUACUCAAUUCUGUUUGUGAGCCAUCAGCAUCAAAGGAUAAUACAAACAUUGCUGAAAAUGGUGAACAUGAUGAAUUAUUGAUAAAUAAAGAAUAUGAUAAAGAUUCAACACCAGAAGCACAAGUUAUUCAAUCAUUUAAAUGCAGUGGAGCGGAUUGGGGAUUGUCUUGGAUUCAUCUUUUAGGAGUUUCUAUUCUCUUAGGUUUUGUUCUUCCGAUUAUUUAUAUUUUUUAUGUUGCUGAAAACAAUAAUAAGCAUCAUGAAGUUGAUUUUAAGGGAACAAGAUUGCCAUUAAAUCCUUUGUAUGAUAAAAAUAUCGAAUCUCUCAAGGACAACGUUUAAUAAAUCAACUAAAUUAUGGAUUUUAUUUUAAAAAAUGGUGAUUUUAAAAGAACAAUAAAAGUGAUUAUUAAAAAGAAGUAAGGUUGAAAGUGGUGAGGACUAAAAAAUUGGUUGUUUAUAAAUUAAAGAAAAUUUAAUUGACUGGUUUUCAAUUAAAUGAUCAGUGAUUUGAUGAAAUUUUGAUGCUUAUUGGCCAGUUAAAAAUUUAAUAAUGUGUUAAAAUAAUAAUAAUAAUAAAAAUUAAAGGAAAUUUAUAUAAAUUUUUAUAAAUAUGUGCCUUCACGUACCUGAUGUUGAUGGCAGAUAAACAUUUAGAUAAGUAAAUGAAUAAAUAAUAAAAUAUUUUGAUAAUAA